GGCGGGGGAAGCCGGCGUCGGACCCGUCAGCAGCCGGCGGCGGUCGUCGGGGGCGGCGGCCGCGCUGCUCGGUGCGAGCCGGUCCCGCGGCCGGGCGGGCGGUCCGAGGGCGCGGCGUCAUGAAGCUGUACAGCCUCAGCGUCUGUACAAAGGCGAGGCCCAAGGCGGUGCUGCUCAAAGCCGCGUACGACGUGUCCUCCUUCAGCUUCUUCCAGAGGUCCAGUGUUCAGGAGUUCAUGACCUUCACGAGUCAGCUGAUCGUGGAGCGCUCGGCCAAGGGCAGCAGAGCUUCAGUCAAAGAACAAGAAUAUCUGUGCCACGUCUACGUGCGAAACGACAGCCUUGCAGGGGUUGUCAUUGCUGACAGUGAAUAUCCGUCCCGGGUGGCCUUUACCUUGCUGGAGAAGGUACUAGACGAAUUCUCCAAGCAGGUGGACAGGAUAGAGUGGCCAGUCGGAUCCCCUGCUACAAUUCACUACACGGCCCUAGAUGGCCACCUCAGUCGAUACCAGAACCCCCGAGAAGCUGACCCCAUGAGUAAGGUGCAGGCUGAGCUGGAUGAGACCAAAAUCAUUCUGCACAACACCAUGGAGUCUCUGCUGGAGCGGGGGGAGAAACUAGAUGACCUGGUGUCCAAGUCUGAAGUGCUGGGGACACAGUCUAAAGCCUUCUAUAAAACGGCCCGGAAGCAGAACUCAUGCUGUGCAGUAAUGUGACAGCAGCGCGCAGAGGCCCCUGGGCCAAACGCCAGUCAUUCGCAUCAGAACCACAGUCCCUGGAGAAGCAGAGCCACCACGGGAAGACUCUGCACCCCUGGAGCCCUUGGCAGGGACCGAGGGGUCGCAGAACGGCCUGGGGGUGGGGAACAUUCAAAUUUACAUGCCUGGUGAUUUUUGGAAAGAUGGUUUGAGGCCCCCAGGGAUGUAUUACUGGGCCAGAUGAAACCAUAAACUCUUGAGUGACUCACACGGAUGCUGACGGGUCGUCUCUCACCCCCCCAUGGGCCCCUGACCUGGGCGAGGCCCCCAGCAGGUCGGAGCCAACCUUGUCGGGCUUAGUCUGCCUUUGGGUUGUAUCUGUGGCCGGAUUGUUUUAACUCUGUAGUAAGCCGAGGGGAGGCCUGACUGCAGGGCUGGGGGCACAGACCUGGGGCUCGGAUCUUGGGAAACCCACUGUGGUGGGCGUGAGGGGUCGGGCAAGCAGGGUGUAGGCCAGUGCUUUGGGCCAAGGUCCACGGUGGGAGGUGACGGUCACCAGGCUUCACGGAUUCUGGGGUACCUUUGCACUUCUGCUGAAUUGACCUUUUGCUGAGGGCACUGCCUAUCCAUCACAAUGCACGGAAAUGCCUGUGGGGGCGCAGGGCAUGGGGGGUCAUCUGCCCUGAACUUCAGAUGGGCUCUGACCACCAGGUCACAGCAGUAUGUGUGGUCUCUUAACCCGUGUCCCUUUGCCUCGCUGGCAACAAGACUGUCCCAGCAACCACCUGGGGCCUGUGUGCCUUAGCAAGUGGCCUUUCCUGUGGCUCCUGUUCCUGGGCACCAACACCAGGUACCGGCCAUCCCGAGCCUCCCAAUGCCCCAUGGGUGUGGUCUGAGCCAGCGCCUCCCCAGCCCGACCCCCGCGGAGCACUGCCUGAGAGCCCCCCCCCAUCCAGAGGCACAAGCCCCCGCUGUGAGACCUGCCAGCCCCAUCAGGCCCUGCUGCCUCCCCCUGUCCUAAGUACUUCCAGAGGAUGCCAGCUCACGAUGCACCCUUGGGACCCACUCCCCACAAAGCCCUUCCUGGGGUGGUGUCAAACAAGAUCCCAUCCCAGGGGGUCCUUCCCUGAGCUGGUUCUUGCCCUACCCAGGAGGUCCCACCCACUGCCCUGGCAGCAAGUGCCAGCCCCUGAAUUCCCUUGCUUGGGCUAGAAGGUGGGACUUCAUGGCUUCUUGACGACCCUGCCCUAAUGGGUGUACCUGCCAGCUGCCCUUUUGGCUCUGGGCACUGCGUCAGCCUCUAACAUAGCCUGCCCUGUGCAACCCUGAGCGAGGUGCCGACCCACCGCUGACUGGUGCCCAGGGUGCUCUGACUUCCCCUUAAGGACAGCGUGGUGUCUGACACCUCCAGCUUUGGAGGUGGCUGAGGAGGAGGGGGUGGGGGUGGGUGGGCCGGUUCACACCUGUGCAGGCGAAGAGCACUUGGCAAAGAGUGUAUUUAUAGUAACUGCUGCCUAACUGUUCUGUUUGAAAGGUUCUUAUCUGGAUAAACUUGUCUUCUGAAAUUC